AAAUUUCUCUUAUCAAUCGACAUCCUGAUUCCUCAUGGCCUUGGAUUCAUCCCGAGUCUGGCUUAUAACAGGGACCUCCUCUGGUUUUGGCCGUCGUCUUGUACCUUCUAUUCUUCGUCGAGGUGACAAAGUAAUCGCUACAGCAAGAAAAAUCGACUCAAUUCAGCACAUAUUUACACCUACGGACAGCCUUCACCUGUUGGAACUGGACACUAGCGCUGAAGAAGCGACGAUAAAGCUUAAAGCUCAGGAGGCAUUGAAUCUCUGGGGAAAGGUCGAUGUCCUAAUUAACAAUGCUGGUUACUCGCUGAAGAUACUUGCUGAGGAUGCUACGUUAUCUGACUUUCAAGCGCAGUUCCAAACGAAUUUUUACGGUCCAGCAGCUUUAACGAACGCUCUAUUGCCCCAAAUGCGUAGCAGAAGGGAAGGAACUAUUGUGAUGAUUGGAAGUAGAAGUAGUUGGAAUCCGAUUCCAGCUUUGUCUAUCUACGCUGCAUCAAAAGCAGCACUACGAGUAUACAGCGAAACUCUUGCCCAAGAACUUUCCUCCUCCGGAUUUCCGAAUAUCCGCAUCGUGAUCGUCGAGCCUAGUGGGUUUCGUACCGAGCAGAACGUUCUUGGGUAUCCAAUGCAAGUUCCUACGGACCCAGAUCCGGCAUACGAUUCGCUUCGAGCGCGCAUUCAGGCCAACUUGGAGGCUCUAGAUUUGAAUCAAAGUGGUGACCCGGAUAAAGCCGUGGAGGUCAUCGUAGAUGCUGUUAGAGGCGAGGGACGGGCGGAAGGUAAGGAGUGGCCGUUGUAUCUACCGUUGGGGAGGGAUGCGAAUAAGGAUAUAGAGACAAAGUGCGUGAAGAUGUUGACGGCGGUGAAAGAUUGGAAAGAGGUUACAGAUUAUCUCGAUAUCAAUGAAAGUCAAGCGAAAGCAGAACUUAUCUAAACCAACAUAUCUUAUAGCUUCACAGGGCGUUACAAUAUAUCGUGUUGUGAAUGAUCUGAUCAACCUCGCGGUGUGCCUUUGGCCAUUGCAUUGCGUGCAUCAAAUUCGAGCUGGCUGAGUUGG